UUAACCGAUUGGCUGUUUCUUAGUUCUGUGCGCCCUGUACGGUGGAAUAUUUCUCGUCUUUACGCGCAUCUGGACGCGACUCUCCCCGCGUCAAACCCGCACGGACGGACGGAUCAUGAGGUCUCCGGGGGUCUGCAUCGGUCUACGGAGCUGCUGGGUCACGGACGGGAUUCGGUAAUACGAACACCCCGCUUCAUCUCACCCCACACCCACGCGGACAGAAUCUGGGUUUUGCGCACUUGGUGAUCCGGCGGUCCCUCCGAGCGCUGCUGCUGCAUUCAUUCGGGAUUCCUUCGGGGCUGCCGCGCACGUCCCGGUUCCGCGAUGGUUCUGUGUCACCUGCGCGUCUGAUGAGUCCGCCCGCAUCGGCAGCAGCAUGUCCUCGCGGAAGAUCUCCUCCGAAUCCUUCAGCUCCAUGGGCUCGGACUACCUGGAGAGCCCCGGGGAGGACGGAGAGUGCCCGUUCUCGCGCGUCUUCUGGAACGGCAGGAGCCCCGUGGAGACGCUCUCGUGUCCGUUCGAGGACGCGGCCGUCAGCAGGAGGGUCGCCCGGCGUAAACGCGUCAAUCUGGACUCGCUCGGGGAGAGUUUGAGACGCCUCACUUCACCGACGACCCAGACGAUUCAGCUGGCCCUGCAGAGGACGGUGGAGUUUUACAGACAGAGGGAAAUCAGUGGACAAGAGUUUGUACGAAGCUUGUCAGAUGAGCAGAAGUGUUUGUUUGAGAACUCUCGCUGUGACAGCCAGACUGACAUCUCAGGAAUACUGAAAUACACAGCAUCUAUUUUAGGCGUGGACUUUGCCGACAUACGUGGCCGAUUUGGGGAGGAAUUCUUUGGCUUGUGUCUGGAGGAGAACGAGAGGGUUCUGCGAGCUCUCGGAGGAAACCUGCAGGACUUUUUCAAUGGUUUCGACGCUCUUCUAGAACACAUCAGAACGUCCUGCGGUCGCCGAGCGUUGUCCGAGGCUCCUUCUUUCCUAUGCAAAGACGCUCCUCAGGAGAGCGAAGAGACGAACGCGGAAAGCGACGUGGGACGGACUCUUCUCCUCCACUGCUUCAACCCUGACACUACUGUGGGUGUGGCCAUGCCGGGCUUGAUCCGAGCCGCUGCACGACGCAUCUACCAAUCAGAAGUUUCGGUUGAGGAAGCUCCUCCCACGUGGCUGCACACGGCCAAUGAGGACAGCGAGCUCUCUGCUGACUCCUCCCCAUCUUCAUCUCCAUCUCCGCCAUCAUCUUCAUCUCCCGCCUGUUUGUCCUUCCUCAUUCAAGAGGUUCGGACUCAACCCACAUCCUCGUUGUCGCACACCGCCGCAUCUCGCCAGCUGUCGCGCUCGCCGCUGGAUUUGCGCAUCGGUCUAAGCACGUUUUGCCGGGCCUUUCCCUUUCACCUGGUUCUGGGACCCAACAUGGAGGUCCUGCAGGUCGGGGAGGGGCUUCGAAAACAGGCCAAGAGUGACCCGCACCGGACGCUCACCUUCAACAACAGCUUUGAGCUGGUUUCUCCCAGAAUCCCCUGUUCCUUCCAGAACAUUCUGCUCCGGCUGUCCACGCCGUUCACCAUUCGUACGCGACCUGACGGAUCGGCACUCGACAGCAGAGAGAAGGUGAUGGAGCUCAAAGGUCAGAUGCUUCACCUCCCAGAAUCCAACUCCAUCAUGUUUCUGGGCUCGCCGCGUGUUGAUAGGCUGGAGGAGCUCAUGGGGCGGGGCUUACAUCUGUCUGACAUCCCUAUUCAUGAUGCCACACGUGAUGUCAUUCUGGUUGGAGAACAGGCCAAAGCUCAGGACGGACUGAAGAAGCGCAUGGAUAAACUCAAAGCCACCCUGGAGAAAACCCAUCAGGCUUUAGAGGAGGAGAAGCGCAGAACAGUCGACCUGCUCUACUCCAUUUUUCCCGGCGAUGUGGCUCAGAGACUGUGGCAGGGCCUUCCCGUUCAAGCCAAGAAGUUUGAUGACGUCACCAUGCUGUUCUCUGACAUCGUGGGCUUCACGGCCGUGUGCGCGCAGUGCACACCAAUGCAGGUCAUCAGCAUGCUGAACGAGCUCUACACGCGCUUUGACUACCAGUGCGGAAUACUGGACGUCUAUAAGGUACGUCUGUCUCUUUUAUCACACUCCAUCCAUAACUUUAAUCAAGACCAUCUUAGCAACCACCCUGAAGCACUAGUAACCUCCUACUCCAUCGGCAGCACUGGACUCACCCUGAGGAUCGGCAUCCACUCGGGCUCAGUGCUGGCUGGUGUCGUCGGUGUGAAGAUGCCGCGCUACUGUCUGUUUGGAAACAACGUCACGCUGGCCAGCAAGUUUGAGUCGGGCAGUCACCCGCGCUGCAUCAACGUCAGCCCUACUACAUACCAACUCCUGCGUGACGAUCGUGCGUUCACCUUCAUCCCUCGCUCCCGGCAGGAGCUUCCCGACAACUUCCCCAAAGAGAUCCUGGGAAUCUGCUAUUUCCUGGAGGCGGGGAAAACCCAGAGCCAUGCCUCUCUCACCAGCACUCGCUCCGCCCCCAUCCGGAAAGUGUCCUAUAACAUUGGGACCAUGUUUCUACGGGAGACUAGCCUCUGAGACGGCCCCGCCCAUUCGCUAUGACAUCACAUCCUGUAGACUAGUGUUGCCUGUGGCAACUGGUUGCCCCGCCUCUCGACCGGAGCGUCGCCCUUGAGGCAUGACACUGAGGGGGCGGAGAGGACGGCCCCGCCCCUGGCCCCGCCCUUUAAAGGAGCCAUGGAUAAUUGUGUUUUGAAAAUACAAUAAAACAAAUAUAUAUAUAGAUAUAUAUUUAAAAUAAGGCCUUCUGCUCUACGGCAUAGCCAAACAUACAUGGUGUACACAUGCAAAUACUACAGACAAACUCAUGUAAACAAACACGUUUCUUGCAGCAUUGCAGGUCAUAGAAUUCACAUGCAUAACUUUGGUGCCUUUACCUCCCAAACACCCACACACUCCACAAACAUGCAUUUAUCAUGCCGCCAUUAACCACUGUUAAAUCCUUUAAUGUGUGUGUGAAUCCUCUGUUUACCAUUGUUAAAUCCCUUGUGUUUGUGUGUGUGUGUCCUACCAUUAACCACUGUUAGAUUGCGUGGAUGUGUGUGUUUGCCCUCCAGUUUGUGUGCAGUGUGUGCAGUGUGUGUAUGUGUGUGAAUUUGUGUGAAGACUGAGGCCAUUUCGCACAUCUGACAUCUGUGGGAUGUUUUUAUUUUGGCUCUUAUAUUCGUAGCAGAAGCGUAGCUGCGCGAAUGUGCAGAAUAUGCACUGUUAACUCAUUUAAAGGAAUAGUUCACCCAAAAAUUUAAAUUUGCUGAAAUAUUACUCAC